CCUCUUUCCUUUUUUCUGAAUUUCAUGACAGUUCCUGGCUUUCAUUCAUUCAGAAUACAACGACAAGAUCCAUUGUGUAAAACAUUAAUUCCAAUAAACUUUUACUACUUCCCUAAGUUUUACUUCCCUUCACUGUUUCUUAAACAGUAUGUGUUUGCUAGCUGUUGUUAACUAUUUUAGAGGCAGACUUUAUAUCUCGCUCAAUCAUCGAGCUCAUGAUCAGAGUGUGUCCUUUUCCUGAAAUGCUGCCAACCCAAAAAAUUAUUCCAAUUUCUUUGUAUAUGUCUCUAGUUGCUUGCUGAGAUCCCUGUUAUAUUUUCGCCUCUUAAGGAGAAAUAAAGCACUCUUCUAAACCAUAAACUCUCUCUCUCUCUCUCUCUCUCACUCUUGUUCUUUCUAUCUCUAUCUCUUAAAGUUCCAAUGACUGAAGAGGAGUCUGUGAAAAGAAAAGUGAGUCAAGUUGAAGGAGACAUAAAUGAGGCAGAAAAUAUGAGGAAUGGCGGAGUCAAUAAAGGCGCUUGGACUGCAGAAGAAGAUCAAAAACUGGCUGAGGUUAUUGCCAUUCAUGGAGCAAAAAGGUGGAAGUCCAUUGCAGCCAAAGCAGGUCUCAAUCGGUGUGGGAAGAGUUGUAGACUAAGAUGGCUGAAUUAUCUCAGACCUAACAUUAAGAGAGGCAAUAUAUCAGAUCAAGAAGAAGAUUUGAUCCUCAGGCUCCAUAAACUUCUUGGAAACAGGUGGUCUUUGAUUGCUGGGAGACUGCCGGGAAGAACCGAUAACGAGAUAAAGAACUAUUGGAAUUCUCAUUUGAGCAAGAAACUGAACCUACAGAGUGAAAAAGAAAGCGACAUUCUCAAAAGAAAAGUGUGUAAAAGAAAAGUAGACACAGGGUCAAGAGAAGAGGAAACAUCCCAAGAAUGUGAAAAUAGCACGAACUUGGAGUAUGAUGUUGAUAACUUGUUUGAUUUUUCCAAUGAGGGGCCUGAUUUGGAGUGGAUGAGUAAAUUCCUGUAAUUGGGUAUCAUAAGCAGCAACUAUAAGCUUAGGUUGUAUGCAAAUCAUCAGUGAUUUAUCUAAAUUUCUAUCGUUUCCCUCA